AUGGCUCGUAACGAGGAAAAAGCACAAUCCAUGCUAUAUCGUUUUCGCGAGGCUCAAGCAGCCGAGCUUGGAGGCGGUAAAAUGCGUACACGUAGACCCGGCUUUGCUGGUGUAGUGAACACAGUGCAGGAAGCAGAGAAAUGGCGUAGAGAUAUUCUCAGUGAGAUUUCAAGAAAGAUUUCCAAAAUUCAAGAUGUAAGUUUGUCUGAUUAUCAAGUCCGUGAUCUCAAUGAUGAGAUCAACAAGCUGAUGGGUCAAAAAUACCAUUGGGAAAGACGAAUCAAAGAGCUUGGUGGUGCUGACUAUACGAGAUCUGCACCAAAAAUGCUGAAUUACGAAGGGAGAGAGGUGCCUGGAACAAGAGGAUACAAAUAUUUCGGUCGUGCAAGAGAUUUACCAGGUGUUAGAGAGUUGUUUGAGAAAGCUGCACCCGAAUCAACAACGCGCUCAAGAAGCGAAAUCAACCGUGAUAUCGACGCAGAUUAUUAUGGUUACCGCGAUGAAGAGGAUGCUGUUUUGCUCGAAUACGAGAAGGCUCUGGAGCAGGAAUUGAUUCAAAAGUUAUACAAUGUUCCAGACGACGAGACAGCAGCAGAAGAAAAGGGACCCAAGGUCAUAGAAAAGACACACGAGGAUGAGAGACAAAGAGACGCAGCAACAAAAGAUGGCAGCAAUGUGCCUACACAACAGCAAAUUGGCGAGUAUCUUUUAAAUCGGAAGAAACAAGAGCUGCUGGAUAAAUACGUUUCAGAAGAGUUAAAGCAGAGCGAAAGCCUUACAAAGGAGCUGUUGGAUAGACCCGAGUAG